AUGCGUGUUUCAAUGUUCUUUUCAUCUUGCGUAUCUUUCCUCUGGCUGGUUAAGGUUGGGGCGCUGAUACAAAGACAAGAAAUCAUUCAAACAUACAACGUUCACCGUAAUGCGAGUUCCGCAUCGACACCUCUGCAAGUUGGCAAUGGGAAUUUUGCAUUUGGUGUCGAUGUGACGGGGCUGCAGACCUUUCGUCCUUUCGCCACGAUGUCGACAUGGGGUUGGCAUAACUUCAGCUUGCCGACAACUCCGAAUCAAACAGCUGUGGAAGACUUUACCGGUGUAGACUUGUGGACUCAUGGACGCCUUGUGAACUAUGACCAGCCCAGCCCAGCUGAGGCUGAUAUAUCAAACUGGUUAAUCCAGAAUCCGCAACGGUUAAAUCUGGGGAAUAUCGGAUUUUGGUUUGCGAACGCGAAUGUUGCGGAAGGUGAUUUGGAGAGGAAGAGUCAGGUUCUUGAUUUAUGGAACGGCGUGAUUACUUCGACGUUUCUGUACAAUGGCAGCCAAGUCCAUGUCGAAGUAUCAGCUGCGUCGGAUUCUGAUGCCGUCAUAAUCAAUGUGGAGUCUGGAUUGCUCAAUACCGGCUCUUUGGGUUUGUUUUUCGACUUUCCAUAUUCGGAUGUGAACAAAUUCGAUGCGCCAUUUGUUGGCCUGUGGAACGCCAGCAGUAAACACUCUACAUUUCUUGAUAGUGCGGAUAAUGAGGCCGUUAUACAACAUACUCUAGACGAUACUAGCUACUGUUUUACCGCAAGAUGGGAGGGCAAAGGUCAGGUGUCGGGUCCCAAGGAGGGGACGCAUAGAUACUUUCUCAAAACUCCGGGCUCCAGCAAUUUGAAAAUGACAGGGACUUUCUCGGAUGAGGCAAGCUGUGGUAAAGCUGGAAAUAUGAGUGCACCAUCCGUGACUCAUCUUGCUGAUAGCUCCAAGACGUGGUGGCAAACUUAUUGGGAAUCGGGGGCAUUUAUUGACUUGAGUUCUGUUGACUCUACGAAUGCCACUGAGCUUCAGCGACGAACUAUUCUAUCUCAAUACCUGUUAGCGGUCAAUUCGGCGUCAGACUUUCCACCUCAAGAAUCCGGUCUCGUAAAUAAUGGGUGGUAUGGAAAAUUCCACCUUGAGAUGGUCUUCUGGCAUCUUAUGCCUUUUGCUCGAUGGAAUCAUUUCGACCUUCUCUGGCGAAGCAUGCCAGGAAUUUAUGAGCAGUUCCUCGAAUCUUCGCUCGACAGGGCUAGACUUCAAGGAUACGAGGGCGCCCGCUGGGGGAAGAUGACCGACCCGACAGUUCGCAGCGCUCCGGGGGGUAUCAACUCUCUUUUGAUCUGGCAGCAACCGCAUCCGAUGCACUUUGCCGAGAUCGAAUACCGAUCAUUCCCGAAUGAAACGGCACUGGAAAGAUGGGAUGAGGUAUUGACAGCCACGGCAGAUUUCAUGGCAUCAUUCGCGUGGUAUAAUGCCACUACUGGAGUCUAUGAUUUGGGUCCACCAAUGUAUCCCGUCUCUGAAAAUACGAAGCCAAAUGCGACAAUUAACCCAACCUUCGAGCUGGCCUACUGGAGAUUUGGUCUUGAUGUGGCUAUGAAGUGGAAAGAGCGUCAGGGAAAAUCUAUCCCUGAGGAUUGGAAAGACGUGCGGGAAAAUCUUGCUCCCCUGUCUAUCGUUGACGACACAUAUCCCGUGUAUGAGGGUAUUCCCAACAUGUGGACAGAUAAUGAAACAACAUCUGAUCAUCCAGCAAUGGCCGGUAUAUAUGGAUGGCUCCCACCCACUAGCUCUCCGCCCCUCAAUAUAACCAUCGUUAAUAACACUGCCUCCAAAAUCCACUCUCUUUGGGAUUUAGAAGAUUCAUAUGGUUGGGACUUUGCUCUACUGGCCAUGAACUCUCUUCGCCUAGGCGACACAGAUCAAGCAAUAGAGUACCUAUUACAUCCAAUCUUUCAAUUCGAUGAUGCAGGAUACCCCGUAGGAGGAUCCCGCGUGCCGACCCCGUACUUCCCGAACGCGGGAGGGUUGAUGCUUGCAAUGGCAAUGAUGGCAGGGGGGUGGGAUGGCGAGCCUGGAAUGCAUUUUCCCGAGGGUUGGGAUGUCAAAGUGGAGGGAUUUGUUCCGGGCUUGUAG